AUGGGCACCAACAAGAACCAGCUCGGUGUGUGUGGCUGGAUUCUGCUUUCCCUUUCCUUCCUGUUGAUGCUCAUUACCUUCCCAGUCUCAAUAUGGAUGUGCUUGAAGAUCAUUAAGGAGUAUGAACGUGCUGUUAUCUUCAGACUGGGACGCAUCCAAGCUGGUAAAGCCAAGGGACCAGGUUUGAUCCUGGUCCUGCCCUGCGUUGAUGUGUUUGUCAAAGUUGAUCUUCGAACAGUUACUUGCAACAUUCCUCCACAAGAGAUCCUCACGAGAGACUCUGUGACCACCCAAGUGGAUGGCGUCGUCUACUACAGAAUCUACAGUGCUAUCUCAGCCGUGGCCAACGUGAACGACGUUCACCAGGCCACGUUUCUGCUGGCUCAGACCACUCUGAGAAACGUCUUAGGGACACAGACCUUGUCCCAGAUCUUGUCCGGACGAGAAGAGAUCGCACAUAGCAUCCAGACCUUGCUUGAUGAUGCCACUGAGCUAUGGGGAAUCCGAGUGGCCCGGGUAGAGAUCAAAGAUGUCCGGAUUCCGGUGCAGCUGCAGAGGUCCAUGGCUGCUGAGGCUGAGGCCACCCGGGAAGCCAGAGCCCGGGUCGUUGCUGCAGAGGGAGAAAUGAAUGCUUCCAAGUCCCUGAAGUCAGCCUCCAUGGUGCUGGCUGAGUCCCCCGUUGCCCUCCAGCUGCGUUACCUACAGACCUUGACCACCGUGGCCACAGAGAAGAAUUCCACCAUUGUGUUUCCCCUGCCUAUGAACAUACUCGAGGGCAUUGGUGGCAUCAGCUAUGACAACAAUAAGAAGGUCAGCACUAAAGCCUGAAGUCUUCCGAGUAACCGCUGCUUCGAAAGGCCUUUCUGCACCACGGAGAGUCACCCAGCCGAGGAGAGAGAGGCCAGCACCGUAUAAGCUACAGUAACCCCACAGCUAGCAGAAUUCCCAGAGGGAGUUAUAGACGCUACACAAACAAAAACAACGCCGAGAGCUUGUACUACAUCUCGUUUAAAGGCAUAACCAAUAUUCAAUACUGUAUGCAAUUAGUUAGUGAUUGUCCCUGACUAUCAGCAGGGAGUCUCUC